AUGUCCUCCGAGCUCGCCCCAUUCUUUCCUUUGUCGAAUCAUCCGGCGCUGAGCGUCGCACACACGGUGCUCUCGACGCUGCGCAACCUCACUGGACCGGGGAAGGGGAAUGACCUGAAAGCUGAAGAAAGGGCUGCUCUGGUCGGUGUCAGUGCAUUGAUCGCAUGCGAGAAAGUACACAGCAAAGACCUCGUCGAGAAGACCGCUCAGAAGGCAUCCUCCGUCUCCCCCGCACACUUCAGAUCUGCCCUUAGACUAGCUCGCACCCUCCUCAGCUCUCAGACAGCGGACGAUCUUGCGCCCUCUCCAUCCCGCCGUACCUCUACCCGCGCUUCCAAUGCUGCUGCAUCGUCCUCCACCUCAGCGGGAACCGGCGUGUUGCCAAACCUCCCAUCGCCCUUCUCGACCCCCAAGAAGAAGUACAAAUACACCAGCGGCGUAGACAUAUCGAGUCUGCGGAAGCAUACGCCGACGAAGGGGAGUCCGCUAAAGCAGAGCGUGACUCCUCGGAGACGGGCCGAGGCAGCCCCGGGGACGCCGGGCUGGGAAGCAGCCGACGCAGGGGAGGUCGAGGAAGAAGAGGAGAGGGAAGAAGUGGAGGAUGUGGAUAUGGGGACGCCGACGAAGGCUCGUAAUGCGCAGCCCUUGGCGGGAGAGGGAUCCAAGCGAAAACGAAGGGAUAAAGAGGAGGAUAUGGAGGCGUUCUUUGCUCUACGGCCAGGGUCUGGGGUGGCGGGGACAGGCGGUACGGCGGGACCGAGCAGGUUCCAGGGGUUUGCGCAUGAUCCGACAGCUGGGCUGAAUCGGCAGAGGCGGACAGAGGCGGAGCGGAAGGGGCGAAGAGUCAGGAGGAAGCGGGAUUGGACGUUUGCGGAGGAGGUGUGGGGAGGUGAGGCGGUAGUGAGGCGGAACGAGAGGGUGUUGGAGCGGCUCAAGGAGGACUGGGCAAGGAAGGACGACGAGGAAGGCAUAUAG